AUGAUUUUGUAGCUUUUCCUCACUAAUUUGUACACAUUCGGCUUCUUUCUUUGAGGAAGGAAGGGGUUUUCAUAGGAAAGAAGAAGUUUUCUCUUGAUGGUCAAUUAGAAAAACCAUUGAACGGGGUCACAAUUAGCCAGUCAGGUCUACUUAUUCAGUUCUGGGAUCCAAACAAGUUUUCUGGUCCUGUACCUGAACAUAAAAUAUUCGUGGUGAAUUCUUGAGUCUGUUCAGAGCAGUGAGUUAUGGAAAACUCAACUAAGGCCAGAAGAGCAGAAGAAGACAGGGAUAUUGGCCAGUACUGGCAGUCCUGGGUCACAAGCUCUCCCCAUAGAAAGGAUUCAUCAGUCCCUGCCUGUCUUUGGAACUCAAUUUGACAUUAUUCCACAGGCAAGGAGCGACUUUUAGCCACUAAACUACUAUGGACAGAUUUGCACUGUAGCCUCUGAAAUCUGCUGAUGAUUUUUAUAUUUAAUAGCAAUACACGAAAAUAGAAGUUUUCCUGAAUUCAGCUGCGUGCUUAAGCUUCUAUUUCCCACUUUCUAAAACCGGGACAAAAGACCUCCAAGAUGGAACAUGCAUGAGACGAAGCGAUAGGAAAGACACGGGAAAGAUUAUUUGCUGUAUUAGAAUUAGGUAGGAUGUUUGUCGUUAUUGACUGUUUAGCAAAGAAGCAAGCCUUGGGUGAGGAAUAACAAGUUGAGUCUUACCUGUGCUGGCAGAGCACCUUCAUCUGAAGGCUGCAGAAUCGUCCUCCAUUUCCCAAGGACACACACAGCCACAAUGACAAGGGAAAGUGUUGAACGUGCCUUUUCCCAGGGCAGCGUGUGUGGUAGGAUGCUUUGCAAUGUCAACAAAGAGGCUUUGAGAGCCAGCGUGUCCCCUGGUUCCUGGCUGAGCCACAGAUGCUUCAGGAGUUACUGCGUCCCACAACCAUGUCCUGUUAUGACCUGUGUCCACCCACAUCCUGUGGUCCAACCCCACUCGCCAACAGCUGCAACGAGCCCUGUGUCAGGCAGUGCCAGGACUCGACAGUGGUGAUCCAGCCCUCUCCGGUGGUGGUGACCCUGCCUGGCCCGAUCCUCAGCUCCUUCCCCCAGAACACCACUGUGGGAUCUUCAGCAUCUGCAGCUGUGGGGAACGUUCUCAGUGCUGGAGGAGUGCCCAUCUCCACUGGUAGCUCCUUGGGAUUGGGGAGCUUUGGCUAUCCGGGCUUGGGCAGUGGCUACAGCCGACCCUACCGUCGCUACAACUCCUACCGCAGUGGCUUCUAUGGGCCGUGCUAAAGUGUGAGGAGCAAGCAUGGAGAAACAACCAGGAAUGCUGAAGCAUGACCCGACACAGGACUGAGCUCAUGGCCAUGGUUUCCAGAAGUGAUGUUAGAUACCCACAGCUCCACCUGAAAUUAGCAGAGCAGUGGGAGCCUGACAUCCCCUGAAAUCAAGCCUUUGCUUGUCCGAUUUUCUGUUAUGCUUUACUUUAUAUUUCUGAUUGAAUGUCUUGGUCUCUUAUGCUUUUUUUUUUUUUUGUAUUUGACAGUCGCUAGGUAAAACAUGUAAUUACUAGAAGUUGUUCUGCAUGACUGAAUUGACACAGUCCGCUUAAAUAACAAAGAUCUCAUUGUACUGAGCACAUCAUUGUGAGAGGGAUGAGUGGGUACGGUCCUUAGCGGACCAUGGAAAUGUAUUCCUUACACUUUACAUUGCUUCCUUCCAUUCCUCGGCCUCAUUAAAUUUGUGUUGCAUCAUA